AUGGGUAUAAGGGUGCUCAAACAAUUGAAUGAUAACUUUAAGAAACUUAAUGAAAAUUAUAAGAAACUUAAUAAGAAGUACACCAACAUGAAAGAUGAGAUUGUCCCUGGAUCAUAUCAAGUUCCUGCAUCAACACUGGAGCUCAGGGAGACGAUCGAAGGCAUAUUACAGACAAAUGACAUUGUUUAUGAAAUAGAGCCCAAGAGACUUUCUACCACAUUUGAACAUCUCUUAUAUAGGAGAAAGAGUGAAGAGACACAAUUGCCACCCAUGAGAUGUGGAUUAACAGAUGAAGAAAUAGCAAGACAACUGAACUUUCAGGAGAGUGCUAAUUUCACUUUGAUGCAGAGUGGGUAUGAAGGCUGGUGGACUCAUAGGCGGCUUCUCGAACUGGCAGUGGUGGUGGACCACAAUCGCUAUCUUCAUCACCAAAGUAACACCACAGCUGUGCAGUAUGAAGUAUUACUUGUAGUCAAUGGAAUUGAUAACUUUUUGAGUUCACUGGAUGUUGAUGUGGUUUUAAUGGGAAUGGAGAUCUGGACUGAAAAAAAUCCAAUUCCAAUAGAUACCAUAUUGAUUCUCCUAGAGGGAUUUUGCAAAUGGAAGAGAACUGGCUUCAGUGAUCGCAUUCCCCAUGAUGUUGCACAUCUUUUUGUAAAGCGUGAUUAUGGCAUUAGUGUUGGCUUAGCCUAUCUUAGUACCGUAUGUAAAAGCCAUGUUAGUUGUGGAGUUGAUAGUUUCAUGAACGAUGACGUGUAUGAUUUUGCAUUCAUUGUGUCACAUGAGAUUGGUCAUAAUUUGGGUAUGGAUCAUGAUGGACCAACUUGUACAUGUGGACAUAAAACCUGCAUAAUGUUUCCAGAAAAAGACAGUGCAACUAGAUUCAGCAACUGCAGCUAUGCUGACUUCAUGAACAUGAUGAACACCCUAGCAAGGAAAAAUUGUUUGUACAUUUCAUCAAAUACAGGAAACAUCUUCACACUUGCACGGUGUGGGAACAGUGUGGUUGAAGAAGGAGAAGAGUGUGACUGUGGUGCUUUACAUUUGUGUAUGAAAGAUCCGUGCUGUGAGUCCGACUGCACUCUCAGCGCUGGGGCUGCUUGUGCUUCUGGCCUUUGUUGCAAAGACUGUCAGAUCCUGCCCACAGGCAGAGUUUGUAGACAAGAGGAAAAUGACUGUGAUCUCCCAGAGUGGUGCAAUGGGACAUCCUACCAUUGUCCAGAGGAUGUGUAUGUGCAGAAUGGGAUGCCAUGCAAGGGCGGUGGCUACUGCUAUGAAAAGAGAUGCAAUAACCGUGAAGAGCAGUGUAGGAACAUUUUUGGCAAAGAGGCCAAGAGUGCAAAUCAGAGUUGCUACAUAGAAAUGAACACUCAAGGUGACCGUUUUGGGAACUGUGGUUUCAAGCACUCUACAUAUGUAAAAUGUGACAUCUCAGAUACCUUGUGCGGGAGGAUUCAGUGUGACAAUGUGACAGAACUUCCCCUUCUGAGAAAUCAUUCUACUGUGCAUUGGACUCAGUUCAAUGGCGCCACCUGCUGGGGUACCGACUACCACUUCGGGAUGACCAUACCUGACAUUGGUGAUGUGAAAGAUGAUCCUGAUAUUGGUGAUGUGAAAGAUGGGACAGAGUGUGGGGCAGAACAUGUCUGCAUCACAAGGAAGUGUGUCCAUAGGUCACUUCUGGUAAAUUAUUGCUCACCUGAGACGUGCAGUAUGAAAGGAGUCUGCAACAACAGACAGCACUGCCAUUGCAACUAUGAAUGGGAUCCUCCUUUUUGCCUGAAAGAAGGCAGUGGAGGUAGUAUAGAUAGUGGGCCUCCCCCACGGAAAACAAAGAGGCAAAAAACCAAUUACCUGCAACUACUUUGGUUGAUUCCUUUGAUGCCUUUAUUAUGCUUGUUAGUUUUGUGUUUUCUGACACGAAGAAGAAAAGAUAAGGGUGAAGAACAGAACGUGUCACCUUCAGCUGAGUAA